CAGACUUCGGGGAAAGGAGAGGUAAUUUCCUAACAGCUCAUAGUUGGCCAGAGGUGAGUUUUUUAUAGCAAGACAGACUACUGUUGCAGGCAUGCUGCUGUUGUAUACCACAUGGACAUUUGAAUUAGACUGCCUUGUUGAAAUGCUGAUUUGGAUGUUGAGUUAAAAAUGCUUUAGUAUCCCAUCGCUAUAACCCUUACUGGCGUAACUCUUGAUCUGGAUAUGUGUUGAGCAAGUUGCAACUCCCUUCCUCUUUUGAAAUAUCAGCAAAUAUCAAAGUUACAUGAAAUGAGUAAAUAGACAGAUUAAAUUUACGGACACUUAGUGUCCACUGAGGACUAUCGAUAUAAUACCAUUGAUCUAUCAACAUUUUUAUACAAUACAAAUUGUGCUGAAACGUCCCAUUUCUUAUUUGCUUCUGUGCUUCUUGAUACAUGUAAUACAGUCAGAGCGCCAGUUGAGUUUGGAGUCAUCUGAUAUGAAAGGCCUCUGCUUGUGACUCAGAUUGGACUUGGUGGUUGCACAGCUCUCAGCACAAUCAACAUGUUGCUUGUGUUUUAUGCUCAAUGAGGUCAUAUCAUCAACCACACUGAGUUUUCUGCAGUGUGAAACAGACAGUGCUUGAGAUAUCUUUCUUUUUUCAGAGCCAGAAAACUUUUUCAGUGACAUUCCAGACUAAUCAAGUCAGCAUGAUCCUUUUGAUCACUUCUUUCGUUUACCUUUCAAAACAUGCUUGUAAUGUGGUUGCAUUUAUCUUCCUGGGUUUGUUUGUUUGUUUGUAUUUGAUCUUCGGUUUUGCAGCUGUUUCUGGUGUUAUGGAUCAAGAAAGUUAUUUGCGCCCAGGAGAUGAUGAACCAUCAGUCCUCAUUGGUCGGGCGCUGCUGAGGCUCCAGUAUUGUGUCGUCAUGGCGAUGCUACGCAUCCGUCAGAGAAUCAUACAGAGCUUUGUUGUGUUGUCUUUUGUCUUCCUGCUCCUCUGGACUGCCACCUUUUUAUACGGGAGCUUCUACUACUCCUACAUGCCCAAAGCAGCUUUUUCCACAGAUGUGCACUAUUACCACAGGACAGACUGUGACUCUCCUGCCUCUUUUUUAUGUUCUUAUCCAAUGGCCAACAUCUCACUGAUGAGGAACAAGAAACGCGUGCUGACAGUCGGCCAGGCCUAUCAGAUCUCUUUGCAGCUGGAAAUGCCUGAUUCUCUGGUCAAUCAGGAACUGGGGAUGUUCAUGAUCAAAAUAGCCUGUUUCUCCCAGGAUGGAGGGCAAGUUGCCUCCUCUGCUCGCUCUGCAAGACAACUGCCGUCCGCCUCCAGCUCUCGCUUUACCAUGCUGCGAUACCGUUCAGACCUGCUGAGGUACCUGGGAACGCUGCUCUUCCUUCCGGCGUUUCUGAGUGGAGUCACCGAGCAGAAGCAAGUGCUGGAGGUGGAGCUCUUCUCAGACUACAUGGACGACCCUUACGUCCCCUCGGCCACUGCUGUCAUUGAGAUCCUGUCCAACAGGGUGCAGAUCUACUCAUCUCACCUCUACAUUCAUGCUCAUUUCACUGGUAUACGAUACUUGUUGUUCAACUUCCCUCUUCUAUCUGCACUUGUGGGUGUGUCCAGCAACUUUGUCUUCCUCAGCCUCCUCUUGGUCCUCAGCUACAUGCGGCUGUUAAGAUUUGAAUGGGGUCUAGAGCAGUUCAGAACAGAUGGACUGCUGUCAGAUAGGGAGAAUAACAUGAACUACAACCAGCAAGAGGAUGAAAAAGAUGCAGCUGCAGGUGCUGCAGAGCUGCUGGGUCCCCUCCAGAUAACCCCCACAAAUCUGAGCCAGGAGAAGCCCCAUUUGCACUUUGGUGACGGCACAGAGGUGCAUAACAGAUAGAUAGAUACAUGGUCAAUAAAUGAAUCAGAGGCAGCCUGAGGCCAUUAAUAUAGGAUAGGGAGAAGAGCCAGAUGCAAGGAUGAAGACUGAAGAGGAAUACUAUGCGGUUGAAAAUGACUCACAGAGCUCCCGCACACCACCGACUGACAGACUUGUUGAUGGCCUGAGCUGCCCUGUUUGAGCUAUCUCACACAGGUGUUUCAACUUUAAUGUCAGGACCCAAUGACUUAUGGGACUGACUUAUCAGAAACUUUAUCACUUCGUACAAAUCUCUCAUUGUCAUUUUUGUUACUUUUAUUUCUUGAAUACACAGGACGGUAUGAAAUAAAUCACCAUAUGAAUAAACAGUCAAAACAUGUAAUGCAGCCAUGGAAAAGUGAAUUGCUAUUUCCACCUGCUUCUUUUCACAGUAAUAUAGUAUUUUGUGAGUUAUUUGUAUUUCAUUCCAUAAGUUCAUUCCAUUAAUUCUGCUCUAAUGUCAUAAUGCAGUUUUCCCCAAUGUCCAUUUUUAUUUAUGUGUGAGUUUUAAAAAUGUAUUAAUUAGUUUGACAUUUUCAUGGUUAUACCACAUAUUAGACCUGUAUUUAUUUGCAUAUAAAUAUAUAUUUAUUUAUCUAACAUUGAACAGUCUGGGUCUCCAUUCAUUUGAAGUAAAUACACAAAAAAGAUAUUAAAAAUUAAACAAAGACCAGCUGUUUCCUGUUUUCCUGUUUUUUUUUCCAGCUCUGAAAUGUUAAGGUCGCAAGUUCUACUAUGAUGCAGGCUGACAUGCCACUUUAAAAUGUCAACCUGUUUGUUUGCAUCUCUUUUAACUACAGAAAAAUAUCUUCAGUUGUUCAAGUUUUAAGCCACAAUGUGUAUUACUUGGCUGUGAAUUCCUUAUAAAGCACA